AUGUGUCUAUUACAGACAUGUUCCACUGUCAAAUUUGGUUGUCAUGUACUUAAAUUAAUAAACGACAUUUAAUAAAUUUACUUGCAAUACAUAUUUAUAAAUUAGUUCUAAUAUAAAUUCAAACAAUGUUAAUACCUACUUGUCUAAUCAAACUCACCGAACUUCUUUUAACAAUAGCAUGCCUAGUGCUUCACCACUACAGUUACGAUCUCACAGACGUGCCCACUCUGAUCCUAUGCUCCGGAACAUAUGUCGGCUUCAUAGUGGUGCUUUCGGGAGAAAUUGUCGGGGAGAUGAUAUUCGCGCCGCUGGACCUUCUCCAAGACAUGUAUUUUGGCAUUGUGGGCAUGAUCAUGUUCUCCGUGUGCGGCGGCUUGGUGCUCUCUGCGCGGAUGAAGCCCUCGAUCGUCCCUCGCACCGGAGACCCCACAGCCGGCACUGUAGCAGCAAGUCUGGCCCUUCUCAACGCUUUACUCAUGUUCCUGGAUCUGAGCAUGGGAUAUUUGGACUCUGAGGAAUUUAACGAGGAAACGAGCGUGUGAUAGUAAGCUUUAAAUAACGUUGAGAAGUGAACUUUUUAGUAAGUCCGUGCCGCUCAAAAACGCAACUGCUAAACGAAUAAAUAUUUUUUAAAUACGUUCGAACGACCCGAUAUGCUCAGGAUUACGGGAAUGACAAUCGACAUCCGGCAGCUUUUCCAUGUCCUAGAUUAUUCACAACAAAAGUACACUUCUCGCCUUGUAGCUCGUAGUUUUCAAUGUCAUAUAAUUAUUAUUAUUGCAGUGUUUUAUGAUAUACUCCAUUGUUUGUAUAAAUGCGACAUUUAUGGAAAUUAAAACCUCCAAAUGAAA